CCACUUUGUCAUUAUGGUGUGGAGAUGGGUGAGAAAAUGUUUCAUUUAAUCAAUUUUAAUUGAAUGUGCAAUAAAUCAAAGGGUAAGAAUACUUUCUGAAGGCACUGUAGCCUAUAUAAUGAAUUAAAAAGUCCAAAGAUUGAUGUAGAAAUCCCAGAUUGACCCUUUAAGCAACAGUAAAAGGCCUAAUGACUACAAUGGACAACAUAUUGUUAUUUGUUUCUGCUGAUAUAGUAAUUGAUGUGCACAGUUUUAUCUUAUUGUAGCUCCAUGACAAUAUAUUUAGCACAGCUGAUGUGUGUAACACCUUGUGGACUGAUUAUGCUUCUACCUUGAUCCACAAGGGGGCAUAGUGGAGACGAGCACCAUACUGGCGCUUUGUUGCUGAGCAGAGCUCCGCAUGACAGUUGGUCUGUAAAUAUAUCCUGAAGGUAAUGGGCGGUCCUAGUUUCAGGAUGCUCGAAGAUGCUGAGUCAAGGAUGUCAAAGAGAGAGGCUAUUUUAAUAAUACGGAAAUAAGAUAUAUAUUUUUUUGUGGUUUAAAGCAUAGCAAUAGAGAGUAAUGUGAACAGAGAGGAAAAAGGAAAACCGUGAGAGGCAUUUUGAUGAACAGUGCGUCUUUGUCUGGAUUAAAUCUCCGUAAUGCAAGCGUGAUACAGAAGACAACAGAGCUGUUUAUAUUUCUCCAUCCAGCUGGUAAACGUCAUUUGUGUAACGGGCUUUUAGAGAAGAAAAAAAAUCCCGUCUAGCAGCUUUGUGAACAUCCGCAGUGGUGAUACAUUAUUUCAUAGUGGAUACAGUGAAGGCUUGAUAAUUUAUUUGGAGUCGGGUUAUUCUGAGUAGACAUAAUUUGAUCCAAGAAGGCCUCGUGUAAAUGAUAGGAGAAAACGGAGGACAUCCGUGUUUAAAUGCAAGCAUAGUGUGACUGCUUGGUCAUGAUAAUGCGAGAUGAGUAAGUCUUUAUCCACUUAUUUUCAAAGAUGACAUCAGUGUGAUGAUGAUGCAAUUUACUAAAAGCUGUCACUUUUCAUUUAAAGUUUAGGAUCCAGUCCAGAUGAUGGGAUUGUAAUUUCACCUAUUGUGGUUUGUUUAUGUAUCUAAACAACUCGAAUGCAAGACAAACAUUGUUUCCCAUUCAGUUCUAUCCAGCUUAAUAUGCACACGUUUAUUUCUCCUGAGAAAUAGACAAUUGAUCUGUUAUUGAUCAGGGCCUGCCACAAGUCCUCUGGGCCCUGUCAGAGCUAGUCAGUGGAUGCUCUUAUCUCUAACCGUUUUCCUCUGGAGACUCUAUCGAUACCUCUCCAUGUUCACCUCUGAAAGACUCACGGUACCGGAAUGUGUCAGCCGGAUUGGGAACCGGAGGUCGGGCAGCUCUAGCUCAUCCUCGGAACCGAAAGUACCACCGGUCUCGCCGGGUGUCUACGGUGCCGACGUUCAGGAUGUUUUGGACACCUCGCUCCCAGCCCUGCGCUCCGCUAUCAAGACACUGAAGUCAGCCAAAGAUACCUCGGAUCUAGACGAGACCCGCAGGGCCAUAGCAGAGACGUUCCAGUUAGUAGAGGAGGCCUGGGUUCUACCCACUGUGGGCAGGCAGGUCGCAGAGGAGAUAUGCAACAGGAUACGACUGGACGGAGGACUGGAGCUGCUCCUGCGACUCCUCAUGACACCUGCUGUGGAGAUCACCUAUGAGUCUGCCAAACUACUGGAGCAGAUACUGGUCUCUGAGAACAGAGACUACGUGGCUCGCAUGGGUCUGGGGGUGAUCCUGAACCUGACGAGGGAGACAGAGGACGCCCAGCUGGCCCGCAGCGUCUCAGGCAUCCUGGAGCACAUGUUCAAACACACCGAGGAGACGUCCGCCCAGCUCAUCGCCAACGGCGCCCUGGAUGCCCUGCUCUUCUGGUGCCGCGGUACCGACCCCACCGUCCUUCGCCACUGUGCCGUUGCGCUCGCCAACUGCGCCAUGUAUGGCGGCCAUCGCUGCCAGCGGCUGAUGAUUGAGAAGCAGGCAGCUGAAUGGUUGUUUCCAUUGGCGUUCUCCAAAGAGGACGAACUCAUCCGCUUCCAUGCGUGUUUAGCGGUGGCCGUGCUAGCCAAUAACCGGGAGAUUGAAAAGGAGGUGGUGAAGUCCGGGACAUUGGAGCUGGUGGAGCCCUUUAUUGCAUCUCUGGACCCUGAUGAGUUUGCCCGGAGCUUGCUGGACAGUGCGGACAGCAUGCAGGGGAGGACGGCAGCAGACCUACAGCAGCUCCUGCCACUACUGGAUGGUGCCAGACUGGAGGGGAAAUGUAUCGCUGCCUUCUACCUGUGUGUCGAAACCAGCAUCAAGUCACGCCAGCGCAACACCAAGAUCUUCCAGGAGAUAGGUGCGGUGCAGAGCCUGAAAAGGAUCGUCAUGUACUCCAGCAAUGGGACGGCCUGUGCCCUGGCCAAGCGUGCACUAAGGAUGAUGGGGGAGGAGGUGCCACGACGAAUCCUGUCCUCCGUGCCCAACUGGAAGGGUUGUGAGGUGCAGAGAUGGCUCCAAGUGAUUGGAUUCAGCGCUUACACUGAGCGCUUCCAGGAGCUGCAGGUGGAUGGCAACCUACUGCUAAACAUCACAGACCAGGAUCUGAGCACUGACCUGGGUAUGACUGCAGGACUCACUCGCAAGAGGUUCCUCCGUGACCUGCGCGUGCUGAAGACCUACGCCAACUACUCGACCUGUGACCCCAACAACAUGGCUGACUGGCUGGGUGAGGUGGACCCGCGCUUCCGCCAGUACACCUACGGCCUGGUACAGUCUGGAGUGGACCGCAAGAACGUCCUCCACCUCACCGACCAGCAGCUCCAGUCAGACUGUUACGUAGAGAACGGCAUCCACCGCGCCAAGAUCCUGGCAGCCACCCGUAGGCCGAUAAAGCCGUGUCUGACCGAUGCCCAACCCCCUGGACCGGAUGUGUUUAUUAGCUACCGCAGGACCACCGGUUCCCAGCUCGCCAGUCUGUUGAAGGUCCACCUUCAGGUCAGAGGUUUCAGUGUGUUCAUUGACGUGGAGAAGCUGGAAGCAGGGAAGUUUGCUGACAAGCUGAUCCAGAGCGUCCAGCGUGCACGGAACUUCGUCCUGGUGCUGUCUGCCAACGCCCUCGACAAGUGCAUGGGCGACACUGGCAUGAAGGACUGGGUACACAAGGAGAUUGUCACAGCUCUGGCUGGAAAGAAGAACAUUGUCCCUGUAACUGAUAACUUCCUGUGGCCUGACCCAAACACUCUUCCCGAGGACAUGAAAACUAUCCUAAACUUCAAUGGCAUCAAGUGGUCCCAUGAGUACCAGGAGGCCACCAUUGAGAAGAUCCUACGUUUCCUCAUGGGCAACCCCAGCCAAGACCUGACCGACAGCCCCAAUACAGACUGCCCCAAGGAGCCUCAAGGACCACAGAAGAAAUAGAGGCCUCUGAUUGGAGGUCCUCUGGUCUGUGAUGAUGUAAAAUGGUGACCAAUAGUGAUCAGUAAUCAAUAAUACCAAACAGAGUGUGCUCUGAGCUCUGGUUGGUCAGGUCUAACCCUGUGCAUGUGAAGACAUGUUUAAUAGGCUGUAUUUAGAUCAUAUGCUAAUGAGAUGGCUUUGCUACUAGCCGCUGAUCCAGAUGUAAAGUUAAUGAAAUUAUAGUCCAUAGCGUAAAUACUAAAUGUAAUUUGGGGUUUCAGUACUUCUAAAUACCAUGUACUACUCCCUUAAAUUGCAGGGCCACAUUCAUAAGCUGUUAUUGGCGUGGUCAGGGAUAUUUUGUGUCUCUCAGGAAAUAACUAGUGUGAUAAAUCAGCUAUCGCUGGCACCGAGCAUAACACAUAAUAACAAUCUGGAGUAUCUCUGUUGCCUCUAAAUAGCACUACACUCUCAUUGUUUUAAAUAGGCCCAUACUUUCUAAGACAAAACAAUAUCCUGGAUUUUAAUAAUGAUCCAGUGUAAACUAUAUAGCUUAUGGGAAAUACUAUAUCUCUUUUUUUCCCAUGGUGCUUAUACAUUAAACCCUGUAUGCUCAUUGGUGGUCAACUGUUGCCCGUAUUUGAUAUGUCUCUUUACGAUAGUGUAACCUAGGUGAUGGCAAACAGCCUAAUCCAACAGAGAUGAUGUACGAUCUCUAUAUGUAACAGUGAUUUGGAAUCCUGCUCUCGUGAUGAGGUAGCCCUGCCUGUGACUUGUAGCCAGUGUCACCCUCUGCCCAAGGGGGAAUUAGUUUAAUGGUUAAGAUGUUAGUUUCCCGACCAGGAGAGAGGGGUACUGAUCCCACCAGCUACAUAUACUCAUUACAAACUUGCGCUCAUGUGCUUAGCAACAACCAGAAGUUCACAAAGAACUCUCUCUCAACCAAGCUUAAGGCAAUGAAAAAUACCAUUAUCAAAGCAUCUUGCUGAUGUGAAAACAGAUAGAUGCUCUCACUCUCUGUUCAGAAAGAUACAAUUCGUUUACAAAACCAAUAUCUACACUAACCCUUAAGGCUGAAGCUACUCCAUGGAAAAGGUUCCAUCAUCUUCCUGUCAGAAAGUCUUGUAGUAUACAGUCACAACAUGCUGCGUUACUUUGUUCGGCUAAACCGCUGUAUCUACAAUACUGAUUUGUGGUUUGGUUCCUUCAUAACGCUAAGAGAUUCUGUCAUUGAUUUGGCUGCUUGACAGUUAGCCUUAGUUCACUUGCUUGUAUCUAUUGGAUAGAAGCAGUUCAGUAGAUAAAUGUUAUCACAUUGAGGGCAGAGCUAAAUAAUGUAUACUUGGCUCACAUUGAGGAUCCUUCUUAGACAUGUACCAGCAUGCACCACCCCUGUCUAAAUCACCUACAGUCUUACUAUACUAUUAUCUGUGACAAGAUAAAGAUUCUAGAAACAUCCAACCAAAACAAUCAUUCAGUGUCUGAUUAUCAGUUUAGAUAUUACGUAAGUGUUGCAAAAUGACCGCAGAAGUCAUGAAAUCACCAGGUUAUUGUAUUUACAAUUAAAUGAAGUGGAAUGGUAAAACAUUAUUUUAAACAUGGAAUUCUUAGGUUCAGUGACAUGUUUGUUUUGUAGAUUCAUAUCUGUUAAUGAUGUAGAUACUGUAUGUACCCACACCUGUGCUAAAUGGUGUGCAGGAAGGCAAACACAAAAUGUCACCUCAGUCUAAAGCUACAGUAUUUGCUCUCAGCACUACUAGCUAUAUCUUGUCACUGUUUUGAUGGCUCUUCUGGGCUAUUUCCCCUGUUGCCUUAAUAUAUGUGUUGCUCUCAAUACAGGUAUGUUGAUGAAAUACUGUAUACAUGGACAUGUUCUUGUUUACUUCUUUUAUUGAAGAUUUAGGCAGUGUUGUCAUUUAACAAUACAGUGACGCAAUAAAAACUACUAACCUGA